GCGGGGCCCUGUGACGGCACAGAACGCGGGGAGGGGGCGGUAUGGCCUCGGGCGGUGCGACCGGUAGCGGCGUGAACGGCAGCGGUAUGGCCGGUGGCGGCAUGGCCGGUGGCGGCGGGGCGCCGGGCGGCAGCCCAGGAGCGGGAUCAGGAGCUGGAGGAGGAGGAGGAGCGGCCGGCGGCAAGAUGAAGAGUCGGCGCCAGCAUUUGGGCGCCGCGAAGCCCCCCUAUGCCAGGAGCAAGCAGGGAAUAAUUAGCAGAAUGACAGAAACGGUGAAAAAUAUUGUACCAGCGUGGCUGCAGAAGUAUUUCAAUAAGCGUGAGGAAGAGUGUGCAGAUGCAAAUGAAUCUGCAAACCAGGAGGAGACUCCAGUAAACUAUCAUCAUGAUUAUGCAGAUGAAGAUACCAUAAUCGAUGAGAGAUUCACGCCUGAACCAGCAAGAAUUAAUAGACAAGAACCAUCCACAAGUAGAUCAGCACUGAACUUCCCAGUUGUGUUAACAAGGCCCUCUCUUCAUCGGAGCCAUCUGAAUUAUCCCAUGUUGGAUUCUCCUGUCCCACCUUGUCAGCCCUCAACAUCUUCUAUAUUUGGCAUUGGCAGUCCUGGGCUCUCUUUCAUAAAAGAAAUAAAAGAUUCUACCUCUCAACAAGACGAUGAUAACAUCUCAACAACCAGUGGUUUCUCCUCUAGAGCAUCUGAUAAAGAUGUUGCAGUUUUAAAAAAUACUUCGUCAUCACUGCUCUGGCCCACAGAAGCUGAAAGAACUCAUUCCCUCUCGCAGCAUUCUGCAGCUAGCUCUAAGAAACCUGCAUUCAGUUUAUCUGUUUUUGGAGGACUGUGUCCUGCACGUGGAAGCACAUCUUUUUGUAAGCAAAACCAGCUUGGGUUUUCUCCAUUUUACCCCGGAAAGACGGCCUAUGGUGGUGCAGCUGUAAGAUCAAAGCAGCCAAAGACGGAACCUUAUCGGGCACAAAAGAGAGCGAAAGCUAGACAAGAAACUGUGCGGUCCCCCGCUACCUUAAGUACCGCAGCACGGUGCAUCUUGGAGGCAAUGGAGAAGCUGUCAAGCCCUUUGUUGGAUGCUAAAAGAAUGGCAUCUCUUUUGCCGCUGUAUUGUCCUCCGGACAUAGAUAAACUGGAUAUUACUGACUUCCAGUCCAAACGAAGAAAGCUGGAAUCCCAGAAUGCAUCCCAGCAUCCACCUGUUAAGAGACUUGUGACACCAAAGGUAAACCCUCAAUCGAUGCUGUAUGCCCGGUAUCCUAAACCAUCACCGACUUCAACUACUCAGUCCAGCAAAAUUCGCCAGAGAGUAGACACAAAGUACCAAGGAAUGAGAGAGAAGACUUUGCCUGCAGAACAGCAAGCAGAACCAUCUGAAAGCAAUGUGACCAGCUACAAAUUCAGUACUGCUGCAUCCAAUGGUCUGUCUUCAGGAAUGACUAGUGGAGGCGGCAAAAUGAGAAGGGAAAGAGGAAUGCACUAUUUAUCAAGAGCUGUACAAGAACAGGAAGUGGAGGAACCAGUGCUACCGAAAAUACCCCUACCCAUCGCUACUGCAUCGCUGCCUCAGUUCAAUUUUAGUUUCGUUGAUAGUAGUGCUGUCUCAGCGUCACCGAGCGCUGUUUCAACAGCAGCAAUGAGCAUGGCAACUCCAGCAGCUGCGACGGGCGUGGCAAAUCCAGCAGCAGCAAGGGGCGUUGCGAUUCCAGCAGCAGCAACAGGCGUUGCAACUCCUGCUGCAGCGAUGGGCAUGGCAACUCCAGCAGCAGCAACAGGAAUGGCGACUCCAGCAGAAGCAAAAGGCAUGGGAAACCCUGCAGAAGCGACAGGCAUGGAUAAUCGAGCGGCAGUGACAGGAAUCGCAAGAACAGCGGGAGCGACGGGCACGGGAAACGGAGAAGCUGCGACGGGUAUGGAAAAUCAUAAAGCAGCGGCAGGCGCAGGAAAUCCAGCAGUAGCGCCGGCGGCAGGCAUGGCAUGUCCAUCAGAGGUGGAGGGCAUGGCAUGUCCAUCAGAGGUGGAGGGCAUGACAGAUCCAUCAGAGGUGGAGGACUUGACAGAUCUAUCAGAGGAGGAGGUGGAGGACAUGACAUAUUCAAUGGCGACGGCGGGCAUAACAUAUUCAACAGUGUCGUCAGGCUUGACAUAUCCAGUAGUGGCGCCGGGCACGCCAUCUCUAAUGAUGACAAAGGGCAAGGCAAAGUCAACAGCGGCAACGACGAGCAUGGCAAAUUCAACGGCGGCGGCGGGCAAGAUACAACCAACAAGUAAUGUUAGCAGUCCUGAGUUCGCAUUUUCAUCUCCAAUUGUGAAAUCUACUGAGGCAGAAGUGCUACCUACGUUUUCUCAGAUUGGGUUUACAUUUAGUGUUCCUGUUGUAAAAUCAGCAGAACUUUCUGGAUCCAGUGGUACUCCAGUGACGUCCUUUCUUACCCUAGACACCACCACCUCAACUAAUACCAACACACAGAAAGAGGAGGUCGAAGAUUUUGUUGGUGGUCCCUUCCCAACUGCACAUGUAUUAAAGGAAGGAAGCGUCUUAGACAUUCUAAAAAAUCCUGACUUCGGAUUUUUGAAAACACACUCUUCUACAUCUGCACAACCUACAACAAGCACAGUGGUUUAUACUAGGCCUGCAAUAACAACUUUUUCUGCAGGUAAAGAGACUUCUAAACAAGCAUCAUACUGGCAAUCUGAUACACGUGACCCUUUUCUGCAAAACAAAGACACAAACAACAAAUGUGUAACUUGUCAGUCUACUAAAGCGUCAACAGUUGAGAGUAUGAAACAGACAGUAAGUUCAAGUCAAUGUGACACCUCAAAGCCAGCAGCGCCCCCAGCAGGGAUGCUGGGCUUUGGAGACAAAUUCAAAACAGUACCUGGAACGUGGGAUUGUGAUACCUGUCUUGUCCAAAACAAACCGGAAGCUACAAAAUGUAUAGCAUGUGAGACACCAAAACCUGGAACGGGAGUAAUGCCUGCUCUGACAUUACCAGUGGUCACAGACAGCUCGGUGACAGUGACAUCCUCCUCGAGCAGCACUGACACAACAGCCACUCUGGGCUUUGGAGACAAAUUUAAGAAGCCGAAAGGCUCUUGGGACUGUGGAAUAUGCCUUGUAUCAAAUAAGACAGAAGAUAACAAAUGUGUAGCCUGUCAGUCUGAGAAACCAGAGGGUCCAACACCUGUGACCAGUAGCAGUGCAUCUGCAUUUUCUGCUCCUUCUGGAGAAUUUCUGGAUUUAGACAAAUUCAAGAAGCCUGAAGGAAGCUGGGAUUGUGAGACCUGCUUGGUUCGAAACAAAGCAGAGGCCACGAAGUGUGUAGCCUGUGAAAGUGCAAAGCCAGGCGCCAAAGCAGAGCUCAAAGGUUUUGGUACUGCUACUGCGUCCACAAAUGCUGCCUUGCCAUCAUUUACAUUCGGUGUUCAGCCAUCAUCAUCCUCUGAGUCUUCUCAUACAUUAGAUAGCACGGGAAGUUUUAAAUUUGGAGAACAAGGGGGCUUCAAGUUUGGCAUUGCCUCGGAAUCUGCAUCCUCCAACAGUUUGGUUGGGGGAUUUAAGUUUCCUAGUACUCCAGGGGACUUCAAAUUUGGAGUUUCAUCCUCACUCUCUAAAUCAGAAGAGAGUAAAAAAGAAGGAAAAAAUAACAGUUUUACCUUUGGCCUUCCAUCUACAAGUAGUCAGGCUCCUUCAACGUUUCGGUUCGGGGCAGCGAGCCUGGGACAGCAGGAAAAGAAAGAGGAACCAGUAUUGGGAGGUUUUGCUUUUGGUACAAGUUCUGCUACUUCCAUGGUUGCCAACGAGAAUAAAACCGGAGUCAGUGGCUUCACUUUUGGAACUGUUGGAGAAAAGGAGGUUGUAUCGGCUUCUUUUGCAUUUAAGAAGCCAGAUGACAAGAAGGAUGAAGCUCCUUCAACAAAGGGAGGCUUCUCCUUUGGCAGUGCAGAGUCUGCAGCUGCCUCACAGUUUAUUUUGGGAAGGACAGAAGAGAAGCAGGAUUCUGUCACUUCUGCUGCUCCGUUAGUGUUUGGGAAGAAAGCUGACACUGAAGAGUCAAAGACACAGCCUAUCUUUUCAGUUGGGAAGUCCGAGCAUACAAAAGAAGAGAGCACAGCAAAACCUAUAUUCAACUUCAGUUUCGUUAAACCAUCAGAGAAGGAACCUGAGCAAGCAAAGCCAGCUUUUUCAUUUGGGGUCCAAACCAGUACUUCAGAUCAAGGAGCAGCAAAACCAUCCUUCAGCUUUUUGAGCUCUGGUUCCUCCAGCACAGCCAUACCCACCACUUCAGCCAACAGCAGCAGUGUGUUUGGCAGCGUCACCUCUUCCUCAAACCCUAUGCCGGUCCCUGCACCCUUUGUGUUUGGACAAGCCAGCAACACUGUGAGCAGCUCCACAUUUGGCAAUUCUGCAGAAUUUACAACAUCUCAGUCGUUUGGCUUCUCCCAAGAAAACAAACCAGCAACCACAUCUUCCAGCACUGGUGUAGCCGUUGCUCCCUUUGUCUUCGGUUCAGGAGCCAGCAGUAGCAAUGCAGCAAAUCCUGGAUUUACCUUUGGAGCCACAACCACAUCAAGUUCUACAGGGUUGUCCUCUUCGUUUGUGUUUGGCUCUGGGUCUCCAGCACCUGCUGCUGGCCCGGCAUUUGGUGCCAGUCAGCCACCAGCAUUUGGCCAGAGCCAGGGGUCCAGCCAGCCAAACACUCCGAGUUUUGGAUCGCUGUCGACAACAUUGUUUUCAGCGGGCUCUCAGCCUGCUCCUCCUGCCUUCGGCUCUGUGACGAGCAGUACUCAGCCCCCUGUGUUCGGACAGCAAGCGAGCCAACAGCCAGGUUUUGGCUCUGGUACCUCCAGCGCUGGUCCUGUAUUCCAGUUCGGAAGUAACACUUCUAAUUUCAAUUUUCCAAAUAACCCGGGAGUAUUUACUUUUGGUGCAAAUCCUACUGCACCAACAGCAUCGGCACAGCCUUCUGGCUCUUCGGGAUUUUCAUUCAGCCAGCCUCCAGCAUUUACAGUGGGGACUAAUGGAAAAAAUAUUUUCUCUGCCUCUGGAUCUUCGGUUUCUGGUCGGAAGAUAAAGACUGCAGUUAGACGUAGAAAAUAAUCGCCUGAUAUGUAAAGCAACUUUCAAAGCAGCUGCUGCCCUGCAUUGUUCAAUUGUUGGGAUCAUACCUCAUGCUGGGAUAGCUGAAGUCAGAUCUGCUUAAAGGAGUGUAAAACUCUGCUGCCCCUUCCUACCCUCCCUCAUUUAGUUCUUUUGUAACGAGUAGAGUUGGCAACAGAGCCCUUCUCAAGCGAAACUAUUUUAGAAUCCGGCAAGUUAUCUCUUUCACGGACUCGGCAUGGUCCGGCUAUAGACAUGAGUAUAGCCUGCACAGCGAAUGGCUUGUACAAUACCUCUUCAUCUGCACCACUAUGUGCGCUCAUCCACGUUUACUGACGCCUCAAAAUUGUAAUUAUACCAGUGAGGGAUUCUGUAUAGAGUAGAGAAUGUUUUAAUGAAUGAUUUCUAUGCUGAGUUUGUGCUGGUGUAUGUGUGAAGUGAGUGAGUUUGGGUGUAUUGUGCACUAAAAUUUUCUGAUAGAGAAAGUAUGAAUUAAGAAUGAUCCAUGCUAAGGACUUGUUAGAUCUGUAGUUCUCCAUUUAAUAACUAUAUAUGCUAUUUCUAUAUUUUCAUUCUUACAGCCCUUUAUCACAUCUCACCUUUGUUAUUUUAUUAUUGAAACGUGUAAAUAAAUUUUGUUUCUCUAUGUACUUUUUUGGCAUAACAAAUCUGUGAAAUUGAAAUUUUAAUUUUGUGUGUUACAGCCAUUUUUGUUUAGUAUUGUCUCAGAUUUUAUGUAAAUCCCAUUAUUCAAAGUUGCCUAAAUCCAUUUAGAAAAUCUUUAAAAUUGGGAAUUCUUAAAGUAAGUUUAUUGGCUUUUCUGAUCCAUUUUUGUUUGGACCAAAAACCAGUAUUGUACAAAGUAUUAAGUAUAUAUUUUUAUAUUUACUGAAAUGGACUGUGGUGACUUUGGAUAAUAAGGAAAAGUUUAAUAUUAAAGCCAUGUUUAUUACAGUAUAAUUAACAUGUUAAACCAUGGGAUAAAUGCCAUCAAUAAAAACUAUAAAAUAUUGGCUGGCGGUUUUAACUCCCAGUGAAGGCAUCUGCAGACAACGCACGCAGCCUGAGUUGAGUGGUGGUACAC